UACAAGCCCAUCCUCCUCCUCCAGGGCAUCAGCUUCAUCAUCACGUGGCUCUUGCUCCUCUUCGCACACGGAGUGAUGGCCAUGCAGGCGGUGGAAUUCUUCUACGGGAUGGUGACAGCCACCGAGGUCGCCUAUUACGCCUACAUCUACAGUGUCGUCAGCACCGAUCACUAUCAGAGAGUGACGAGCUAUUGCAGAAGUAUCACCCUUGUUGCAGCCACUGUUGCCGCCGUGCUGGGACAGCUGCUGGUUUCCUUAGCAGAUGUAUCCUACUUUCACCUUAAUGCCAUUACUUUGGCUUCCGUGUCCCUGGCAUUCGUGUGUUCGUUUUUCCUCCCAAUGCCUCAAAAGAGUAUGUUCUUCCACAGGAAAGAUGUCUCGGAAGCUCUCCCAGGACCAGAUAAAGUUGCGGCUACAGUCAGCUCCGACGGGCCAUCGAGCUGCCAAGAGGACAAGGGCUCCGUGACUGCUGACAGGGGACCAACACCUGAACAGCAGGCUGAUAAUGCCAAGCCCCAGAAUCAUGUGCUCAGAGUACUGGUGCAGCUGAGCAAGGACCUGAGGGAUUGCUACAGCUCUAGGAAACUUCUCUACUGGUCCCUGUGGUGGGCUCUGGCUACGGCAGGCUUUAACCAGGUUCUGAAUUACGUCCAAGUGCUGUGGGACUUCAGAGCCCCCUCUCACAGCUCUGCAGUGUACAAUGGGGCUGUUGAAGCAAUAGCA